AUGGAUGUCCUCAACACACCAGGUGGGCCAUCCUCGUAUCCCUACGAUUUGCAGGAGAAGAUGUCAAACCGGCAAGUACAGACCGCUGCGUACACCCCAUUCUGCGAUCACGAUGGUGAUCACUCCAGCGACAUGAGCGACGAGUCGACCUUCCGAGUGGACGAAGACAAAGACGGCCUGCCAGAUGUUCUAAUGAACCAGACCACUGCGGAAUGCUUCAACAUUCCCGUGUUCCGAGAGCAGUUGCUGCUUCACUUGCUGUCACCAUUCUGCAUUCCGUUCUAUUUGUUGCUGGGCAAGAGGGCAUUACUUUCCAACACGCAGACGUGGCCUUGUCCAAAUCUCGUGACGCUCUACUGGACAAUAGUUCCACUAAUCGUCUACGCCAACGCGAUGCUCUUUGCACUCUUCUACGAGGAGUUCGAGCGGAAUGACAUUGGCAUUGCUGAGAUCGUGAUUGUGCCGUGCUUGGCUAUGUUCACACAUCGAUCCAUGAUCGCGUUGAAAUACAGCGGUCUCUCCCCGGAGGAGUACUCACUCUGGCUGGGUGCUCCCAGACAAAUUGCCGCCAAAUGGAGCAAGCAAAUGCAGCUCAUCUCCACGUGGCUACCAGUGCCAGAUGAAAUCCUAGUGGCAGAGAUUGACAAGGCUUGCAAGUAUCAAGGUGCUGAUCUGCAUGAGAUUUUCUUCGAGCACGAUGUGCAGGAUGUGAGUAGUUGGAGAUGUUGGCAGGUCUGGGAGCAGAUGCUGGAAGGCCACUGCACCAACUCAGAGCUUAAAAGCUCAUCCUUGUGCCCCAAUCUCACACGUGUCCUCUCAAGAGAGACCAGCGUGAGCUUCUCCCGGGGCCUUCGACGGAUCAGUGCUCAUCAGCUCCUGUACACCUUGUACCGUCGCACUGCUGACGAAGUCGCGGAGAGCCAGAAAUUCAUUUCUGUAGGUUUGUUUGCGCUCUUUCCAGCCAUUUUCCCGAUUGCUUGGCGCUGUGUGAAGUGCACCAGUGAGCUAGGUGACGAAGUCAAUGCUGGAGAUAUUCUUGCAGCGGGCUUUGGAAGGCAUAGCUACGUCGUUUCCUACUGCGUUGCACAAGCCGCUUUUAUUGCCUACUCGCACGGCGCCGUGUCGUCUGUUUUUGCAGUCAUUGCAAUUAUUCACUAUCGGCGCAUGCAGAUGGUGAUGGAUUCGGUGCAACAACUGGCUCGGCGCCUUCCCUGCCUGUAUCCCAACUUGCCUCAGGUGCAGCUUUCGGGCCCGACAGCGGAAGCGAACGUGCGGGCGGUGCUUGCCUGCUUCGAGACCGUUCUUCGAAUGGGAAGUCGAUACCAACACCGAGCAGACUCCUACAUUGGAGCAUUGGCUACAGCUUCGACAAUGGGUCUUGGCCUUGUCCUCAUUGGAGUGAUUUUGGGCGCGCAUUCGCAGCUAAAUGCUGGGACAUGUGUGUGCCUUGUGAUCAUCAGUGGUGUUACAGUUGCGAUACACCAAAUGAUUCUUUACGGCCGCCUUGCCAACGAAAACUUCGGCAAGCUCUCCAGCAACUUCUGCCGGGCUCGGUGGCGCAACUCCGUGACUGGGGAAUCCGAAGUGGGAGAUCAGGUGAUGAGCCUGGCUAUGGAAAGACUGGCCCUGCUUGCAGAAACCGAGCCCGUGACCGUUGCCUGCUUGAUCCCAACAGCCGACUUGGGAUACAGCAUCGUCUCCUUGGUGAGUACCUUCGUGCUGUACAUCCUGGGCAAGCACAGUGCCGACUCAGCCGAGAGAGUCCAUGAGACCCAAAGUGUGCAUUACGACGUGAUCAUCUCGGCGGAGCUGGUUUAUUUGGAGGAUGCCAGGGCAGAGUGCAUGCUUCAGCGGGCCAUCGCGCACUUGGAUCUCGACUGCUUCUAUGUGCAGGUGGAGCAGCGACGCCUGAACCUGGGCAGACCGCCUUGGACCGCGAGGGAUUCCCCCCCAGCCGCGGUGCAGCAGUGGGACGGUCUCAUAGCAGUCAACUAUGCUGCUCGUGCACAUGGUGUCAAGCGUGGGAUGCGAGCAUCGGAAGCUUCAACCAUUUGCCCGGGUAUCGUGCUCGUGCACGUCGAGACACUCAGCGAGGGCGUCGAGGAUGUGGCGACUGCAACAGGCAGCGCGCCAGAUCGACGAACACAAAAGGCCUGUCUUCGCCGAUACCGCCAGGCCUCAGACGAAGUCCUGGCGGUGGUCCAAAGGUCUUCAGCAAGGUGCGAGAUGGCAUCCAUCGAUGAGGCCUAUCUGGACUUCACCGAAGAGGCUGCCCAGUUGCUACUGGGAGGGUCUGGCCCAGAUUUGGCAGCCAUUGCCGCCACAGCAGCCUGCCCCGCUGGAAUCUGCCUGGACCUUGCAGCUGAUUCUCAUCUCCUGGCGGCUGCCUAUUUGGUCCAACGGCUUCGGGACGACAUCUUCAAAGAGACAGGCUUCACGGUCUCUGCUGGAAUAGCGGAGAGCAAGCUUGUGGCCAAGCUGGGUUCAGCCUGUCACAAACCCAACCGCCAGACCAUCGUUCCCAACUCAGGCGUGCUGUCCUUCAUGGCCUCUGUAAAGAUUAAGGAUCUGACUUCUACCGACAAGAUGAAGCUGUGCAGGCUCGUCGAAGACGGUGAGUACGAGAGGUGGCAGGUGGGGCUCUUCGCAAAAGAAGUUGGAGCCGGUGGCAAGAGGAGGUUCAAAGUUGAUACCCUUGCCGGCUUUGUGCACACGCACGCUCCGUCGUGGUAUCCCAAAGAUACGGAUCCCACCGAGAAGAACCAUCUCUACGAGGUGAUUCUUGAAGAUCAGCCCUGUUGGCUAUACUUUGAUUUGGAGUUUUCCAGACUGACCAAUCCUGAGCUUCAGCCGGAGCUUGCAAUGACUGCCUUCGACGAAACACUGUCAUCCUUUUGUCAAGAUGUCUUCGGCCUGGCGCUGGACGCUAACAGUAUCAUUGUCCUGGAGUCAUCAACUCCGGAGAAGUUCUCAAAGCACGUAGUCGUGCAUCGCUUGCUGGACAAGGAGAAGGACACAACGGUUCCGCUCGCCUUUGCAAACAAUGCUCAGGCUGGCUUGUUCGUGAAUGAGCUCAUGAACUAUGCCAGAGCGAACCGCGAAUGCAGCUCAGCACGGCACUUGUUUGUGCAAGCCCCCAAGUCGUCAGAUGCUGACGGGCGCGAGACAACACUAGUCGACGAGUCGGUUUACAGCCGCAAUCGCUCCUUUCGCUUGCUUUUUCAAUCGAAGUUUGCGAAGAACCGACGCCUUGAGCUGGACGAAGCCUCGGGCAAACGCUUUUUUCGCUACUGGCGUCCACACCCAACCGUCGCGAUGCUGGAGACCAUGGUCACCUUUGUGCCACCGAAAACCGAACUCUUCCGACACGCUCUGAUACCCGAGGGCUUCGGGCACAUGGAUGCAAAAUCCUUGCGAGUUCGGCGUGCGGGCCCCGCAGUCGUGCGCGAUUCCGAGGGCAAAGUUCAAGUCAUUCAACAGGAUCCUCUCCUCAACUACUUGGUGCGAACUUGGGACUACGUUCGAGCAGAAGAGGAGCAAGGACCGUUUCCUCCCACACUUGUGCAAUCCUGUGUCGAGAUGGACCGGCGGUUUUCGACAGUUACUCUGUCAAACAAUCGCUACUGCCGGUGCAAGGGCUCAUCCCACGUUUCAAAUCAUGUGUACAUGGUUGUCGAUGUGGAACGACGUUCCUUCUACCAGAAGUGUUUCGAUCCUGACUGCCGCGGUUUCCAAUCGCCAGAGCACGCAAUACCUCCCUGGAUCCUCGAGACCACCCAGGAGGAAGAACUCGACAGUGCAGAGUGGGAGAGGUUCGAGAAGGAAGCAGAGCAAGAAGCUCUGGAGGCCAAGGCCAAGGAGCCAAAUGAGCUUAACGAGCCCACUGCAAAGCGGAAGCGCAUCUCGGAGGGCGGUGCCUGA